AUGGCGCUUAGGAUGAAGAAGAAGAAAAGAAGAAGAAAAGGAGUGGGAGGAGGAGAAGAGAAGAAGAAGAAGAAGAAGAAGAAGAAGAAGAAGAAGAAGAGAGAAGAAAAGAAAAGGGUUGGAGAAGAACGAAGAGUAGCGAGAUCAGGUGUGGCUGUAAAUGAGAGCUCGGAUAAAGAUCAAAUAGGAGGAGGAGGAGGAGGAGGAGGAGGAGGAGGAGGAGGACUGCACCUUAGGGUGGGCGUGUGGCUUCGAAGUAGGACGAGGGCGUGUUUUGGGAGGGCAAAAGAGAAAGAUCCACCAAAAAUAGGAUGGGCGUGGGUGGACGCGAGAGAGAAUGUACCACCCCUAUACCCCAAUACCCUUCUCGACGUCAACGUCUGCCGCCCUCCGGAGCCAACUGUAGGCUACCUCCUCCCCUCGUACCCCUCUGCUGUUGAAGUCCACCAGGAACCAGAAGUAACUCCUCCCCCUCCUCCUCCUCCUCCUCCUUUCCCUCCAACCCCUGCCUCUCCGUCGAAGUCCAUAGUAGCCAAUAGCAAAGGACCACCACCACAAGGAGAUGAAGAUUGUUUUAUGAGGAUCCACAGAUCUCCGCCUCCUCCUCAACGCCACAACGAAGAAGAGCAGCGACGAGAGAACCGUUAA